CAGCUCAACAGCUCUCAACCUUCCUAUCGUCUGUCUCUCACCAAGCCGGAAGCAACAAAGCAGAUUCUUACGAGCGAAGCAAGCGACCGAGCAAAAUCAAUGGCGCUGACACCGUCUGCAUCCGCCGUCUCGUUCUCCGCCCGCCCGUCGGUGCGAACCACGACGUUCCGGCCGCGCGCCUCCGCGGACGCCAAGCGUGUGCGCGCGGGAGCACCCAAUGGAGGCAAGUGGUGGGCGCCGCUGGUCGGGUGGUCCGGGCGAGCGGACUACCUCGAGGCCGCGACGCCGGCGAUGGCGCCGGUGGUGGCGGAGGAGGAGGAGGACAAGGCGGGGAGGUCGUUCGUGGGCAGGCUGACGGAGGAGAAGGCGCGGCAACUCCGUGCGCGGAUGGCGGAGAUGGAGAGCUUCCACGACGCCAUGUACCACUCCGCCAUCGCCUCCCGCCUCGCACGCACCGCCUAGGAACCUACCAACCGGACGUUGCUACACGGUGCUAUAGCACCAGUUAGUCUACCGGAGUGCCCUCCCCUAAAAUAGUAUGUAGACCAUGGCUGAAAGCGACACCUUACCAAAAGUGGAAAAAAACGCGUUCCCACAGUGUGAAACCGGCAGGAGCUUUUCUUUCCUUCAGCUCGUCACCUCUGCAGCUAGCUUUGUAAUUUACGAACCGUAAGUACAUAUUAAGAUUAAUAAAGUACAUCCUAAUUAAUUUCA